CGUGCAACGUAUACGUACAGAUACUACACCUGUUAUGACGUGUGUACGUGGGAGUCUCUCUGCCUUCUGGACUCUUCUUUUCUAGCGUUUCUGACGAUAAAUUAGGGGAAAAUUAUGCCGAAUUCCUGAACCUCCACGAAGGGGAGUCGUUUACAAUUCACCUGCCCACUGCUUAAAUUUACUGAAAUCGUUCAUUGCGGAAAACACAGGCCUACGAAUUGUUUUUGUGUCUGACAAUUUCACCUGUUCAACCUGUUCACCACACGCGUGUUUCUAUGGAGGAGAAUGGAGUAGUGCGUGUUGCAGACGACGAGGAUUUCAAGUCGUUUCGUCGGCUGGCUGAUGGAGUAGAAGGAUGGUCCAAUAAAUACGAUAAAAACGGGAUUAGAGUAUGGCUGCAAAGCAAGUUCGAUCCAGAGACGAGAAUACGACUGAUAAAGGUUCACAAAAUGUUACAUGACGUUAGUGCGGCAACAACAUACGAUGUGCUUCAUGACGCCGCUUACAGGAAAAAAUGGGACCGCACGAUGGUGGAAGGUUUUGAGCUGUGCAAAGUCAACUGGACAAAUGAUAUUAGCUAUUAUCAAAUGAAGUGUCCGCCACCCUUGAGGAACAGAGACUUUGUGAUGCAGAGAACGUGGUUGGACACGGGCACCGAGUACAUUAUCUUCAAUCAUUCAGUAUACCACAAGAAAAUUCCACCCAAGAAAGGCGUCAUCAGGGGUUACUCCUACCUGACGGGAUACCUCGUAAGACCCAAAGGAUCCAAUGCCUGUGAGAUUACUUACGUAACAAAAUCAGAUCCCAAAGGUUCCAUCCCAUCAUGGAUGAUCAACAAAUUAGCUCACAUUUUUGCUCCAAAGGUCGUGGACAGACUACACCAGGCGUGUCGAGACUACCCCAAAUGGAAGAGCAAGCACGACCCCCGCUACAAGCCCUGGCUGUACCCGGAGCAGAUGUCCCUCCCCCCGCUGGACCCUAGUGACCUGUUGAGCAAAGAGGAGUGCAUUUCGGACAAUUCGCUGGACGAGAGCGACAUCAAGGAGGAGGAUUUUAAAGACAGCGACUUGCAAGAUGAAGACUUUUGAUGCAAGUCAAGGCAAAAUUUUUAUCUGAUCCAGGUGUCCAAAAUUGAACCAAAAAGAGAGAUAAAGUGAGCGUCUUCAACUUAGUUCGAUAUUUUUAUACUUAAAGUAACUGAUUGUCCUGUAGGUGUUUGAUAAUUUUGCGAGUGCGCUGAAGGUGAGGGUUGAUUAAAUUAUUUUUUGGCCAAUUUUAAAAGGCUUCCAAUCUGAAGAUAUGAAAAUAUGCUCAUUUUUGGUUACAUGUAGGUGUGAAGUAAUCUUUAGCAGCAUGCGUUAAACAUGUAUCUGAUACACAGAUUCGGUGGCUACAAAUGUACGUCUUCUCCCAUUCAUCAGCACCUUUUUUGUUAAUUUUUUUUUUUAUUUACUCCUCACAAAACACGCAAUAGCUUACGGACAUGCAAUAUUAUAUUCAUCUACAUAAACACCUACGUUUAUUGCCUUUAAAACGGUGGUGUUUUCUACAAUGUACGUCGACACACCUAACUUUGUUUUCACUACAAAUUUACUUAUUGUGACUGAUCUUGCAACUGUGAACUGAUACUCGAAAAAGUUCUUAAGAAAUGAUGCAAGAAGUAUGUCUUCAGACUAGUUUAGAUUUCAUCGGAGAUAUUCACUCAAUGAUGAACUCCAUAGAAGUUCAGCAUGCGCAUGUAGUUUGACGAGUUGAACCUAUUGAGUUGGAGGAAUUCAGUACAAUAAUAAGGUAUAGUGGGAGGAUCUGAAUAUUGCUACUUGGUGCUCCUGAAUUUAAUUCAUUUUUUCUAGUACUAGUUGCUUCCUCUUAUUCUUGUGAAUGUUUCAAGGGAAAAUAAGUUAGGGAGAUUUUUUUUUAUCGCUGGUAUUUUUGCAAAUAUAAAACGACUGUGGGACAAGGCAUUCACGUGUAAGCAGAUGUGACAUUUUUAAGAAAAGAAGAUUCACAAUUUUCUGUAUAUUUUAGAAAUAUGAAAUUUCAAGAUGCAAGAAAAGAAUCAGCUUUUUUGAAGGUCAAUGUUUAUAUGUAUAUAUUUGCAUACACACAAGUACUUCUUCAGUAAAAGCUCAAGAUAGCUACUCUGAAUACAACAAGCAUAAUAUGCACCAUGAAACCAUUUUUGACCGACUUGCUGCCAAAAAGAACCUCUAAGUCAGAUUGCGUGUACAUUCCUUGAACGCAUAUUAAGGCGACAUUGAAAUUCCAAAUAAAAGAUUUUUUUUUUCAACCAGAUAAGGUUUUAAAGAAUCAGAGGAGUAAACAGAUUGUUUACUGUUGUAGAGCUCAGUAAGUCAAUUUUCCACUGCUUAUAAACGACCUUUCUGUGGUAAAUCCACAUUAAAGGUUCAUAAAAUCCAAGAACUUGAGACAAUACCUCGUGUUAAGUGAAACAAUUCUUUGUUCUGCUAUGUGUACUUUGAUAGCAAGAGCACAGUACUUAUGUAGACAUUAUUCCUUAAAUGGAAUCAUUCCUUUAAAAAUAGGAUUUUGUUCAUAAAUACAAGUCACUUAGUGUAUUUUUUUGACGGUGUACCAUGAAGAGUAUUUGAAAAGGAAAUACACCAACUCUUUGAAACAGAGAUUUAAUAAGGCGUUCAUUCCAAUAUUUUACAGAUCUAUUUUAUAAUAGGUCCAAGAUGAUACGUAAUAUAAAAUAUCACAUGCUCACUUUUACUGACUAAUUACAAACAAACAAAAAUUGAAGAAAAAAAAAGUCUUGACCAAGUAUUAGGGUAAUUUUGGUGUUUUUUUUUUUUUUUUUUUGCUUUCAGGUAAAUAUACCCAAAACUGUUAUGGGAAUCAACCAUGAUCGAUCAGAUUAAAUGAUAAUUUUCGCAUAACAUUAUCAAUUUAGAGAAUGCAAAAGCAUAGAGACGAUUUGAUUCAAACUUAAUUUCAAGUGUCCUUCAAACAAUGUUGAAUAUUGGAGUAUAAACAAGUUGAGCAAUAACACGACUUAUUUAUUUAAAUGCAGAAAGUAUUUUUUUUAAACAGGUUUACGAGAGAGAUUGUAUUUAGUUGCACCAUAAGAACAAAGGGAAUUCAGUAGACAAUGACAAACAUCACAAUGAAACUGCAGUACAUGACAUCAUGUGAUUUCUCUGCGUUUGCUUUCUAAUGAAGUUGGAACAUACUCAAACAAUUUGUUUUUUCACUUUUCAUUUUUUUCCUGUAAGUAUAUUACAUGUAUUUACAUAUUUCUAAAUUUAAUGUGCACAAUUCACCCACAAUGUCAAUCUUACCCCUUACAGAAUUUGAAUAUGCUCUAAAAUUUGAAAAUUGCUGUAAAAAUACUGUCAAGAAUCCCAUCUCGAUUAUGAUGGAGGCGUUUCAGUUAUAAUUGUUAUAUUUACUUGAAUUAGCUGAUGUUUCAUUUGCAGAAUAAACCAAUGCUAUAAAAAAAAGUUGCUUUCAAAAUUUGAAAAGUAUAGCUUUGCAGGCUCCAAGGCAUUGUGGAACAUUGACAAUUAUAUUAUGUAGCAGAGUUGACAAGUAUAUUCCUUUUUCUUUUUUAUUUCCCUGCAGUACUGUUUCAUUUUUUUAAAUAAAAUAAACUUCAAAGAUAAAAUAAACUUCAACAAAGAUAAUUUCAAGACAACACCAAAUGACAUUCAUUUGUAGUCUAACGUAAUUGUUUUCAGGUUUUUUAAAUUAAUGUACAAGAAGCUUUUUACUUUUGAAUCUGAUUGUUCAUUCACCACUUCAACCUCAAUAUGUACACGUAUAAUUAUAUUGUUGAAUAUUAAUGGAUUCAGGCAAGAUCUGUGUAGUGAUUUAUAGUGCAGUCAAGGGACCAACACAUUAUCUCAUUCCAUCAAAUAUUAUAUCCUUCCUUAUUUAAAAAGCAUCUGCAUUGUUGAAAUAUAGCAUGGACAAUCGGAAACAUCUGGAUUUAUUCUGUGUGUUGUACUUACAAAAAACAUUGAUCUUUUAUGUUGGUAAGAGGAGAGACCACUGCCAAAAAAAUUGACUUUGUGUGGGGCUGUGAUUGACUACUUCAUUUGUUUUUAACAGAAAAUGUCUAUUUGUUUCUAACCAAAAAAAAAGAAAAAAAAGAAAAAGGUCCCGCAUAGGGUCGAAACGUUAAGCCCUCUAAUUUUGUUGAUUUGUAUAUUUCAGGUCAAUACAGUCAAUUAGCAUUUUGAAGCAACUUUAGUCGUUUUCAUUUUCAAUAAAAUGUCUUAAUUUGCAUCCGUAAAAUGUGCUUUUGCAAUAGCGAACAGGGUCCUAAUUGUACAAAAAAAAACAUGUUUCAAUUGUAUAAUCCAAAUCGUAAAUUUCUCUCUAUAUUUUUUAGACCCUAGCAGCUGUUCGAUCAUAUAGCUUUCUGAUAUUUGGUGUUUCAGUUAAUUAGUCCGUUGUGCAUAGGAUGGCUGAUUGGCUGUACAAAAAACUAAUUUGCGGUAUUUUGACCCAACUAGGAAAUUGCCAAUUUUGUUAACACCUAUAAAAAUGCAACCUAACUCACAAUGUUAUGACAUGUAAUACAAGGCAAUUACGUAUCAAUGACAUCAAUAUACAAUAGAUGAAAUGAUAGUCACUGAUGAGAAAGCCAGUUGUCUCAAUACAGGGCAAUAUUCAGUAAUUUUAAACGUCAGCCUAAGCGCUUGGCAGCGCAUAUCCAAUCAUCAAUUUGGCAAAGAAGCUUACGAUGCACGGUCAUAAGCAAUCAUCCAUUGUAGAUCAUGUUUAUGUGUGGAUAUUAAAGACGCAUGUAGGAAUAUAUUAUGCACAUGUUGCUUGGUACACAAAUUAUGUUUUAUUGGAGCGGGGUUUGAACCUACGACCUCCGGAUUGCCGUUCUGGUGCUCUACCAACUGAGCUAUCCAGCCCUAUGUUGGUGGUUCCCUAAUUUGUCAAUGUCUUUGUUCAAGGGGCGCUAGUCAGAAGCACCUAAUCAGUUUCUCUUUGCGAUUUACAAUGUUUUGAAAAUUAUGUUUAAAUACCUAUUUCUGAUGUGUUUGUACAUGUAAUACACAAUAGCUUUUCAAUUUUAGGCAAUUCAGCACUUGAAUAACAGGUCUUCAAUCUCUCAGCAUGAACAUGUUUGAGUAAUUUAUAUUGCAAAUGACUUUGACUAAUACGAAAUGUGUUGACCAAAUGUCAAUGUGUUAACUCUUCAUGAAUUAACGUUUCCAUUUAAUAGUUUCUACUGGGCCUCUAAAUUUGACUUUCUUUGUUGGUAUUUCAAUAUAUAUUUCAGUGCGGUGAACUUGAAAAUAAUGGUUAACUGUCCAGGGUGUUCUGAUUUUGAACUAAUCUUGUUUUAUUCGGGAGAUAGGUGCUCUUUAAUUUUUGAUAAUUAAUCUUAGACAUGUAGCAGGGUUAAAUUGUAAACUUAAUUCGGCAGAUGAUUACUGGACUAAUUUUCACUUUAUAUGCUGUACAACUUAACCAUCCUUCAUUUGCACGUACUAACUGUUCUUUCUGUUGCAAUUACACUUUGCAUUUAUAGUGCCAUAUGCUGCUGUAAUAAUUAGCAUACCAAUUCUCUUGGAUUUACGUUGCAGUAAAAUAUUGUUUCUGUGCCUUCUGAACUCAAGGCCUUGAUUUCCAUAUAGGUGUAAAUUACGUGUAGUUAUCAAGAAAAAAAGUGUAGAUAAUUUACUAUAUUUAUGAGCAAUGUGGUCUUGUAAAUAAAGUGAACCAUGAUGGACUGUGAGUCUGUGACGUGGUAGGCUUAAUUCAAGGCUAAUCCAUUCAAAUUACUUGGAAUUAUGUGUGUGCAUAUGGCAAACUCCACGUACACAUCACCAUAACAACUGGUUUUUUUUUAAAUUUUAAUAACAAGGUUAUCCUUAUUUAGUUUUGAUGUUUUACUGUGUGAAGCCAUUGUGCUAUCAAAUACGUGGUUGAAAUAUUUUCGUGAUCGCAAAAAGAUUGAGAUUUUAUGAAUUUCAUUGGGGAAAAAAAUGAAGAAAUGAAUUAUGAAGUGCCUGACAAAAUCUAUUCAUGAAAAUAAUAAAGUAUUUUGUUAGGCGUUGAGUAAAUAACAUGACAAUAUAGUAAUAUAGUAAUCUAUGUAUAGCACAAAAUCGCCACAACGUAUUCAUUAAAUCAACAGAAAUGUAAACUCAACCAAAAUUCAAGCAAUAACUGUAAUUCACAGAAGGGAAGUAAUAGUACAUCAUGGUUCACUGUAUUGAUUUUGGUCUCCACUUUCUAUUAUGCAAAUUCAAAUUUCCGUCAUCUAUUCUCCAAAAGUGUUAGACUUUGUAUAUAAUGAUGAAUGAAAGAAUAAAAAAUUUAUCAAGUUUUGCAACAAA